CGACACGCCUUUUUAUCGGUUUGCACGAGGCGUUUGGGCAAUGGUUAUAGGCCGCGCCUAUUUCGCACUAAUGAGAUUUCACGUUGGUAAGUCUGCGUUCAAUUGCUUUGUAGUUUGGCAGGUGAUCGUGUUCUGAUUGCGAAUCACAUUUUACAUCUUUACCAACGGCAUGUUCUUUUUGGCGUUUCGUUCUAUUCAAUCUCAUCUUUCUUCAAUUUACAGGCGAACCGAUCGAGCUAAGAUACGCCUUGGAAUCUCUUGGCAUUAGUACGGGUCAGUUGCCGAUUACUUGGACUGGUAAAAUAAAAGAACAACACAUCAGACAAUAUAUGCGAAUGCGAAGACAAUUAGAAGAGCACAGCAGUAGCGGGGAAAACGAUAAUUCGACACCAAUCAUAGAAUGCCCAAAUUUGAGCGACAUUGUAUUCCGGCAGGGAACGUCUGCCAUGUAUCACCCGGGAAAUGUAAUUUUUCGCAGCAGAAUCCAGCACUUGUUCGAAGAGGCAAAACCCUUUACAAUGGACCAAUCUACUAGAACUCUGGUCACAAAACUGAUGGAAGAAAUUCGAGAGAACAACGGAAGGAUCUUGAUCUGGUCCCAACUUAAAACCGGUACAAGCGUUAGUUUCGGCGAUUGUUGGUGGACGGAGCUUAGAGACCAAUCACAAAUCUAUACCAAGAUUGAAAACCUUGUACGAGAAUUCAAGUAUUCGAAGCAGAAGUACCAGUCGAUCAAUCGUGGAAAUGGCAGUAGUGUAAGAACUGUUCAGAAUGCUGAGAGUGACAAGUCGCUCUUUCUCCAACCCUGUCAUGACGGCUUUACAGGCUGGUGCAGUACAAGAGGAAAGAAACGUGCCCAUGACAACACCUUUGAAGACGAUCAGUGUUGUAGUAGAAAUUUAUGCAAUCGCCGCUAACAUAUCCUUGUCUGCAAUGCGCCAUCAGAAAUUAAAAUCUUGGAAAAGGUGUUGCGACGACGUGUCUGCCAAGUUGUCAAACUAACAGUCCUCGCGAGUUGGACAAUUGAAAAACAAAGUUUAGCUUUCCAA